GUGACGCCAUAUUGUUUGAGAGCGAGUUUUUGUCAAACAAUUCUCAACUCUGAAUCCAAACUCUGUAUAAAAGACUCGCUUUUCUGACAAAUGAAACUCAUUGUUGAGCGAGACUUACUGUGAACCACAACAAUGACCACAACUGCUCUCCAAAUGAACAACAACGGCGUCAAGGACGACUGGAAGUCGGCGUUGAAGGCGCCGCCGCGCGACACCCGCGUGCAGACCUCGGACGUGACGAACACGCGCGGCAACGAGUUCGACGAGUUCUGCCUCAACCGCGAGCUCCUGAUGGGCAUCUUCGAGAAGGGGUGGGAGCGCCCGUCGCCCAUCCAGGAGGCGGCCAUUCCGGUGGCGCUGCUCGGGCGCGACGUGUUGGCGCGCGCGAAGAACGGCACGGGCAAGACGGGCGCGUACAUCAUUCCGCUGCUGCAGAAGGUGGACGUGACGUCACAGCACAUCCAGGCGCUGAUCGUGGUGCCGACGCGGGAGCUCGCGCUGCAGACGUCGCACAUCUGUCUGGAGCUGUCGAAACACAUGAACGCCAAAGUGAUGGUCACGACGGGCGGCACCAAUCUCAAGGACGACAUCCUGCGCAUCUACGACAACGUGCACGUCGUCAUCGCGACGCCCGGACGCAUCCUCGACCUCAUCGAGAAGAAGGUGGCGGUGAUGGACAGGUGCGGCAUGUGCGUGCUCGACGAGGCCGACAAGCUCCUGUCGCAGGACUUCAAGGGCAUGCUCGACCUGCUCAUCGGGCACCUGCCGAACGACCGCCAGAUCCUGCUCUUCUCGGCGACGUUUCCCGUGACGGUGGAGCAGUUCAUGCGCAGACACCUGAAGGCGGCGCACGAGAUCAACCUGAUGGAGGAGCUGACGCUGAAGGGCGUGACGCAGUACUACGCGUUCGUGCAGGAGCGCCAGAAGGUGCACUGUCUCAACACGCUCUUUAGUAAACUCCAGAUCAACCAGUCCAUCAUCUUCUGCAACUCGACGCAGCGCGUGGAGCUGUUGGCGAAGAAGAUCGCGGAGCUGGGCUACAGCUGCUACUACAUCCACGCGCGCAUGCCCCAACCGCACCGCAACCGCGUGUUCCACGACUUCCGCAACGGCCUGUGCCGGAACCUCGUCUGCAGCGACCUCUUCACGCGCGGCAUCGACAUCCAGGCCGUCAACGUCGUCAUCAACUUCGACUUCCCGAAGAUGGCCGAGACCUACUUGCACCGGAUUGGCCGCAGCGGUCGCUUCGGGCACCUGGGCGUGGCCAUCAACCUGAUCACGUACGACGACCGCCAUCAGCUGCACCGCAUCGAGAGCGAGCUGUCGACCACAAUAGCGCCCAUUCCCAAAGUGAUCGAUCCGUCGCUGUACGUGGCGGAGGCGCAUGCGCGCGGCGCCGACGACGACUAA